CUUCAAUCAAAGGUAUUUUCAAUAUGAGAGACCGUACAAAAACGUAAAAGUAUCGAUUGUACAGAGUGGUCACUUGUAUGCCUCUUUGCGAUCUCGGGUUACCAGUCAACGAAUCCAGACGUUAUACUAGGUAGUUAAAGUGUAAGAGUUAUAAGUGAAGAGACAACUAACACAUCAGUACGGAAUAUAACAUAAAACCGCAGUCAGUGAAAGUUUUUUCUCACAACAGCGGAAUUUAUUUUAACAAAUCAAUGAAAUUGUUACGAAUAUUUUCUAUUGUAAUUUUAUUUAAAACAAAUUAUUAUUGUCUGUAAAAUCAAAUUUUCAAGUAAUAUUAAUAUAGGUAUAAAAAAUAUACGGAUGUUUUUAAUUGUGAAAUUAAUCAGAAAAAUUUAUAAAAAGACUUUGGUAAAAGUUUUUGAUGUAAAUUGUGCUACAAUGCCAAUAGUAUCAGAAAGAAUUCCAAUUAUCUCUGGUAAAGUUUCUUGGAGGACCAGACUAGCUUAUUCUCUAGGUCAUAUUUUCAAUGAUCUUACUGCAGCAAUGUGGUUUUCGUAUAUUUUAAUUUAUUUACAAAGAAUUGCAUUGCUUGCACCAAUUACUGCUGGUGCACUUCUACUCCUUGGUCAGUUGGUGGAUGCACUUAUGACGCCAAUCUUUGGAAUACUAGUUGAUAAAUAUAGCAAGAAAAAAGUAUGGCAUAUAAUUGGAUCAGUUCUAGUGACUCUAUCAUUUCCUAUUAUCUUUGGAAGUUUUAUUGAUACUUCUAACUCUACGUCAAUGGUUGUUGAUGUAAUAGGUAUAACGAUUUUUCAAACAGGAUGGGCAGCAGUUCAAAUUUCUCAUUUAUCUAUGAUUCCAUUAUUAACAGACUUGCCAUUAGUGCGAGCAGAAUUAACAGCAAUACGAUAUUCGGCCCAAGUAGGUGCAGCAAUAGCUGUUUUCAUCGUCACUUGGAUUAUUUUACCCACGAAUGAAAGCUCUGUUGCUCGAUUGAAUGCAGAAGACGAUUACAAAUUUCGAAAUAUCGUGCUGAUUAUAACGACAUGCGGAGUAGCAACAACAAUUGCAUUUCAUGCUUUUUUGAAAUCACAUUUGUUGGAAAGUAGAUCAAUAUCAUCAAAAAUUGAUCGUGAUAGUAUAUCAAAUAGUUUAAUGAUUGAAAAUAAUAAUAAUCAUAAUAAUUAUCAUACUAAUUAUCAUUCAACAACAUGGCUCAGUAUUACAUUUUUAUUAAGAGUAGCAUUGUUGUACGUAGCAAGUCGAUUAUUUAUUACUUUAGCUACUGUAUAUUUGCCUCUGUACAUUGAAGAAACAGACGUUGGUGGAAAACAGGCCUUGGCAACUGUACCAUUAGUUUCAUACUUGGCAUCACUAAUUACUUCAUUGUUAUUUAAAUACAUUAAUAGAUCAUGCGGCUCUAAGAUCUGUUAUUUACUGGGUAUUCUCAUUGGGAUAAUAGCAGCGGGAAUUAUAGAAUUUGCUGGAAAUUAUGAAAUUUUGAUGUAUGUAAUAGCUAUCUUUAUUGGAGCAGCUAGCUCUAUAACGAUGGUAACUGCAUUGAGUAUUACUGCUGAUUUUAUUGGAUCAAGAACUGAAACAAGCGCACUUGUAUAUUCAAUUGUUACAUUUUUAGAUAAAGUAGUAACUGGUUUAAUUGUUAUAUUUAUUGAAAAAUGGAGGUGUAUUGACGAGAAGCUUUGUCCCAACUAUAAUAGAGACACUUUAGCUGUAGUUUGUGCUGCGUCUAUGAUUCUGGGUUUAAUAGCUUUAAUGUCAAUUUCACGAUGUUUAACAUAAUUAGUGAACAAUGGACUGAAUCCAUUUAUUCAUUGAUUCAUUUUUGUAUUAAAAGAAUUUGCAUUCUUCAACUCAAUAAUCAUUUACAUUUACAUAACGACUGAAAAACUCAUCGACUGUUUAAUCAAGCAAUAUAAAAAAGUACUUUUUUUAUUGAAAAAUAAAAGACAAAUAUUUAUAUUUAAUUGUUAAAAAAACAUAAAUAAUCAAAACGAAAAUGAAGAAAACAUUAUUAUGUUAAGUUAAUUAAAGAAAUUAAUUUUUUAUACUUUUAGUAUUUGUUAAAUAUUUUAAUGAUUCAAAUUAUAAUAAUAAACCUGGUACAAAUAUAGUAUG